AUGAUUUUCAUCACUUGUACUUCUGCUCGAGCACGAAAUUGGGAUGAUUUGGAAUAUUAUGAUAAAAGAUUGUUCGGAUGUAUUGCGCUUGGUGAACCAUGUAAACAUACGCUUCUUGCAAAAGCAUGUUGUGAGAAAUCUAAAUGUCAUCCGACUACAAACACGUGUGUAAGUGUUACUUCAUCAGGUACAUGGCUCGAUCAUCGAAAUGGAAAAUAG